UGGGGUCAGUCGCUGUGCCGUGCCUCGAGCCAGCGCUGAGUGGAGCCUGUCUGCCAACAGCUUCAGCAGCGGCUCUAUCUGGAACCCACUACACUCACUGACAAUUAAAGGAGGCCCUUUUUUCUUCUUUUUUACGAGGAAUAUUCUUCACCAUGGGCGACAAGAAGAGCCCUACCAGGCCAAAAAGACAAGCCAAACAGACCGCUGAUGACGGUUACUGGGACUGUAGCGUCUGCACCUUCAGGAACACCGCCGAGGCUUUCAAAUGCAGCAUCUGCGAUGUGAGGAAGGGCACAUCCACAAGGAAACCCAGGAUCAACUCCCAGCUGGUUGCCCAGCAGGUGGCUCAGCAGUACCCGAUGCCUCCCCCGCCGAAGAAGGAGCGAAGGGAGAGGAGUGAGCGCACAGACAAGGAGCGCCCGGAUGGCGAAGGGGAGCGUGCCAACGGCGAGGGACGCCCAGAAGUUGAGCGUCCAGAGAUAGUGAGCCCAGAGGGAGAACCUCCUGAGAAGGAAAAGAGCGACAAUGAGCAACAACCAAUCAAAGACAAACCCGACAGAGAGAAGGACAUAAGCCCAGCCGUCACGAAGAAGCCCAGCAGCAAAAAGACCAGACCCAAAUCAGACAACCAUCAGAGCCCACCCAGUGACAAACACAGCAUACAGUCUGGCAAAUCAGCAACCAAGACCAACAAGAACUCUCACAUUUCCAGGCCCAAACUGAAGAACAUUGACCGAAGCACCGCCCAGCAGUUGGCCAUCACUGUAGGGAACGUGACAGUGAUCAUAACAGACUUUAAGGAGAAGACCCGCUCCUCCUCCACGUCCUCGUCCACCAUCACGUCUAGCGCGGGCUCCGAACAACAGCACCAGAGCUCCGGCUCCGAGAGCAUGGACAAGGGCUCGUCAAGGGCCUCCACACCUAAAGGGGAUCUCUCAGUGGGGCACGACGAGUCGUUCUGAGGUCCUGUCCCUCUCCUCCUGUCCUCAUUCCGCUUCACCCCCCCCCCUUUUUCCCCCCUACGUUUCUAGACACUAUGGAUCCCAUAGGGGGAGAGAUGUCACCUUUCCCAUCGCUGCCCUGCCUCCAUUCCACAUCCACCCCUGAAUGCUGAGAGGAGCUGGAUGACUGGAACAAUGUGGUGCGCCUGCCAGAAAACAAAAGCCCUGCUUGGGGAACCCCCCUCGUGGUUGCACCCGAGGCACUGGCAAAGAGAGCUAUGCUACAAGGAAUAACCCCCACAACCUCCCCCUGCGGUAGCAUCCAGACACUUGUAUGUAUUGUUUUAUAUUUGUACGUGGAUGUGAGGCCAAGUCGACAUUUGUUUUGUUUUUGUAAAGAAGAAUUCUCCGCUGGGCACAAUAACCAUCAUUUCAAUAACUUUAAACUAUUAUUACCCUAUUUAUUACCUGUUGCACCUGUAUACUUUGAUAUUCUACUUUUUAUGUUGAAGCUUUGCUGUGUAGCCUGCCGAUCGAUCUUCCUUCAGGGUUUUUAUUACAGUUUAAAGAUGAUAGACAAGACCGAGACACCACCACACACACACACACACACACACACACACACACACACACACACACACACACACACACACUGGUGCUAGAUACACUGUGAAGCGGUUUUGCAGAUCUGGGAUUUCCCAUUCAUUCAAUGUGACAGAUUGCUGAUACAUCAAAUUCUCAUUCACAAUAACACUGUCAGGACCUCCAUCAGGUCCAUCUUGUUCUGUACAGGUCAAUGUGCAUCAGAAGAAGGCUCACCUGAGGUUCAGACAUCUGACUUUUUCAACUAGAUUGUCUAUGAUUUAGUAUGCUAUAGCAGAUCUCUUAUACAGUAUCUUAUGUCCUUAACUGUACAGUGUAGGCUGUUGUGUAAAACACUAAAAGCUGUUGAUAUUUUCUGCAUUCCUUACUUGGAUAUUGAGUUCUCUGGCUGAAGCUAGAGCUGUUCUCUCAGCUCCUGAGCCAGAAUUUGUUCUGUGGUGACUGAAGGAUGGUUACAUGCAGUUCCACUUGGUAAAACCAUAUCGAACUGUAAAAUAGACCUGUUGUGUCAAGCUGUUGUAAAUCGAUUUUCUUUUUUCUUUCGUUGUGGUUCUGAAGAAAACAUUGAAUCUUCAUUCUGUCAGCCUGAUAUCCCAGAAAACAAGUGCAAAGACAUGAGAAAUUCACAAAGAUUGACAAUUCAGUUAACUUUUAGUUUUUUAAAUGAAUUUAAGACUCCUGUCAUUGAAGGCAAACAAAUAUUGCAGUAGUUAAUAGAACACAAAUGCUCUUCAAUUUUUAGAACAGCAAGGCUUAUUUAAUGGUUUUAAUUCACUUUGACCUUAGCUGAUACUAGACCAACAUAAUUUUCUUUAACUGUAUGAAAUUGUAAAAAGAAUAAAUGUGUAUAUGAUAUCUUAGUUUUAUUUAUUGAAGGACCAAAGGAAUUUCAUAAUGACAUGAUACAUAGACAGAUAAAUAACAAUUUGAAAUGCAAUUAUCUAAUGUGUGAGAUGAAUAACAUUUUAAAUAAAGACUAAUAUAAUCCAUGUAAA